AUGGCUCUGAGCAAGGCGCUGCGGCUGCUCGGGCGGCUGGAGGCCUCGGGGGAGAGCAGCGUCCUGCUGGAGGCGCGCGGCCGCAGGGACUGUCUGCUCUUCGAGGCCGGCACGGUGGCCACGCUCGCCCCCGAAGAAAAGGAGGUCAUUAAAGGCCAGUACGGGAAGCUGACCGAUGCUUACGGCUGCCUGGGGGAGCUCAGACUGAAGUCCGGUGGCACCUCCCUGAGCUUCCUGGUUCUGGUGACAGGCUGCACAUCCGUGGGCAGAAUCCCAGAGGCCGAAAUCUACAAAAUCACCGCCACCGACUUUUACCCUCUCCAGGAAGAGGCCAAGGAGGAGGACCGCCUCGCGGCCUUGCGGAAGAUCCUCAACUCAGGGGUCUUCUACUUCUCCUGGCCCAACGAUGGGUCUUGCUUCGACCUCACCGUCCGGGCGCAGAAGCAGGGCGACGACAGCUCCGAGUGGGGGAACUCCUUCUUCUGGAACCAGCUGCUGCAUGUGCCUCUGAGGCAGCACCAGGUGAACUGCUGUGACUGGCUGCUGAAGGUCAUCUGUGGGGUGGUGGCCAUCCGCACGGUGUACGCCUCUCACAAGCAAGCCAAGGCCUGCCUCAUCUCCCGCAUCAGCUGUGAGCGCGCUGGCGCUCGCUUCCACACCCGCGGCGUGAACGACGACGGCCACGUGUCCAACUUCGUGGAGACGGAGCAGACGAUUUACAUGGAUGAUGGCGUGUCAUCUUUUGUCCAGAUCAGAGGCUCCGUUCCACUGUUUUGGGAGCAGCCAGGGCUUCAGGUUGGCUCCCAUCAUCUGAGACUCAGCAGAGGCCUGGAGGCCAGCGCCCCUGCCUUCGACAGGCAUAUGGUGCUUCUGAAGGAGCAAUAUGGGAAGCAGGUGGUCGUGAACCUGCUGGGCAGCAGAGGUGGAGAGGAAGUACUCAACAGAGCCUUCAAGAAGCUGCUGUGGGCUUCCUGCCACGCUGGCGACACGCCUAUGAUCAACUUUGACUUCCAUCAGUUUGCCAAAGGCGGGAAGCUUGAGAAAUUGGAGAACCUCCUGCGGCCCCACUUGAAGCUGCACUGGGAUGACUUUGACGUGUUCACCAGGGGCAAGAAUGUAAGUCCCCGUUUUCAGAAAGGCACUUUGCGGAUGAACUGUCUCGACUGCCUGGACCGAACCAACGCGGUGCAAAGCUUCAUCGCCCUCGAGGUCCUCCAUCUGCAGCUCGAGAGCCUCGGGUUGAACUCAAGGCCCAUCGCUGACCGCUUCGUGGAGUCCUUCAAGGCCAUGUGGUCUCUGAACGGGCAUAGCCUGAGCAAGAUGUUCACGGGCAGCCGGGCCCUGGAGGGGAAGGCCAAGGUGGGCAAGUUGAAGGACGGAGCCCGGUCCGUGUCUCGCACGAUCCAGUCCAACUUCUUCGACGGGGUGAAGCAGGAGGCCAUCAGGCUGCUGCUGGUCGGGGACGUCUAUAGCGAGGAGUCUGCGGACAAAGGGAGGACGCUGCUGGACAACCCGGCCCUGCUGGUGACUCCCAAGAUCCUGAGAGCCAUGUCGGAGCGCCAGUCGGAGUUCACGAAUUUCAAGCCGGUGCGCGUGGCCGUGGGCACCUGGAACGUGAACGGCGGGAAGCAAUUCAGGAGUAACCUGUUGGGCACCGCCGAGCUGGCCGACUGGCUGCUGGACGCACCCUCGCUGUGCCGAGUCGCUGGACCCCCGGGUGACGGCAGCCCGGCUGACAUAUUUGCCGUGGGGUUCGAAGAGAUGGUGGAGCUGAGUGCUGGGAACAUCGUCAACGCCAGUACCACCAACAGGAAGAUGUGGGGUGAGCAGCUCCAGAAAGCCAUCUCGCGCUCUCAUCGGUACAUUCUCUUGACUUCGGCACAGCUGGUGGGCGUCUGUCUUUACAUCUUUGUGCGCCCGUACCACGUCCCCUUCGUCAGGGAUGUGGCGAUCGACACGGUGAAGACGGGGAUGGGAGGGAAGGCGGGGAACAAGGGUGCCGUGGCCAUCCGCUUCCAGUUCCACAGCAGUAGCUUCUGCUUCGUCUGCUGCCACCUGACCGCGGGGCAGUCACAGGUGAAGGAGCGGAAUGAGGACUACAGGGAGAUCACCCAGAAGCUGAGCUUCCCCAUGGGAAGAAACAUUUUCUCUCACGAUUAUGUGUUUUGGUGUGGUGAUUUCAACUACCGCAUUGAUCUCACUUAUGAAGAAGUCUUCUAUUUUGUUAAACGCCAAGACUGGAAGAAGCUUCUGGAAUUUGAUCAGCUACAGCUGCAGAAGUCAAGUGGAAAAAUUUUUAAAGACUUUCACGAGGGCACCAUUGACUUUGGACCCACCUACAAGUAUGACGUGGGCUCCGCUGCCUACGACACGAGUGACAAGUGCCGCACCCCCGCCUGGACGGACAGGGUCCUGUGGUGGAGAAAGAGGCACCCUUCCGACAGAACAGCUGGAGAACUCAACCUUCUAGACAGUGAUCUGGACGCUAACACCCAGCUCAGACACACCUGGUCUCCCGGUGCCCUCAAGUAUUACGGCCGAGCAGAGCUGCAAGCGUCUGACCACAGACCCGUGCUGGCCAUUGUGGAGGUGGAAGUGCAAGAAGUUGACGUGGGGGCUCGGGACAGGGUGUUCCAGGAAGUGUCCUCUUUCCAGGGCCCCCCUGAUGCCACCGUCGUCGUCAACCUGCAGUCGCCAAGCGCAGAAGAGAAGGACGAGUUUCCUGAGGACGUGCGCCUGGAGCUCAUGCAGACCCUGGGGAAUUACGGGACAAUCGUGCUUGUCAGGAUCAACCAAGGGCAGAUGCUCGUGACUUUUGCUGACAGUCACUCGGCGCUCAGUGUCCUGGAUGUGGACGGGAUGAAGGUGAAGGGCCGAGCUGUAAAGAUCAGACCAAAAACCAAGGACUGGCUGAAAGGUUUGCAAGAGGAGAUCAUCCGAAAGCGGGACAGCGUGGCCUCCGUGUCCCCCACGGCCAACUCCUGUCUGCUGGAGGAGAACUUCGACUUCACGAGUCUGGACUAUGAGUCGGAAGGGGAUAUUCUCGAAGACGACGAAGACUAUCUGGCAGAUGAGCUGAGUCAGCCUGUGGUCUCAGACAGUGAUCCAGGGGGAGAUGAGGUCUCCGAUGCCCCCAGCUCUGCCUCCGCGGCACCUCCCAGCAGGUCACCGGCACUCGCCAAGAAGCAGCAGCGUCCGACCUACAAAGAUGAUGCUGACCUGGUGGAGUUAAAGCAGGAGCUGGAAGCAGUUGGGGACUUCCGCCACCGCUCUCCAAGCAGGUCUCUGUCGGUUCCCAGUCGGCCUCGGCCACCUCACCCUCCGCAGAGACCCCCCCCUCCAACUGGUUUCAUGGUGAAAAAAUCAGCCUCGGAUGCCUCCAUCUCCUCCGGCACUGACGGGCAGUACUCAAUUUUGCAGACAGCAAAACUCCUGCCGGGAGCCCCCCAGCAACCGCCCAAAGCAAGGACUGGGAUAAGUAAGCCUUAUAACGUCAAGCAGAUCAAAACAACCAAUGCUCAGGAGGCGGAAGCAGCCAUCCGAUGUCUCCUGGAAGCCAGAGGAGGCAUCCCAGGAGAAGCCCUAAAUACUCCAGCCUUAAGGGACCAGGGAUCUUCCAAACCAGAGCCCACAGCAGGGGUGGCGCCUCUCCUGCCCCGUCGGCCUGCCCCCAGGGUUCCUGCCAUCAAGAAGCCAGCCUUGAGGAGGACAGGAAAGCCCGCGUCACCGGAAGAACAGUUUGGGCAUCAGGCCGUCCAUUUUACAAUCGGGCCCCCAGAGUCGAGCCCUGACACCCCUCCACUAGUGACAGUCCCUCCGGUUCCCAAACCGAGAACCCUUCAGCUGCGGAAAGGUGCCGCCAGGAAGCCCGCUUCUGAUGAGGCUCCGCCCACAACCACCCCGCCCACUCCGGAGGCCCCGCCCAUGGCCACCCCGCCCACUCCAGAGGCCCCACCCCUCGUGCCGCAGGUGCCCCCACGCAGGAAGAAGUCGGCGCCAGCGGCCUUCCACCUACAGGCACUGCAGAGCAGCUGCCAGCUUCUCCAGGGGCUCCCCUGCAGCGACGGUCCCCCCACAGCCCCGCCUGCCGGGGGUGCGCUCUCUCCACAGCCCGCUUUCCUGGGCGUUUCAUCAUCACCUGCAAGCCCCGAGGCUGAUGGCACCACGGACAGAAAAUCAGUGGGUGCCCCUCUUCUCGGUGACUAUCAGGAUCCCUUCUGGAGCCUCCUCCACCACCCUAACCUGUUGAAUAAUUCCUGGCUUUCCAAGAGCUCCGAUCCCCCGGACUCGGGGGCCGGGAACCUCGGAAGGGUGCACUCAGCCCCUCUGCAAAUCGGUGCCUCACCAGCCCAGGAGCCGCCCCCGGAGCACAGACCAAAAGACGUCGGUUCCUGGGUGACAAUCAGCGACAAGGACAGGAGAACGGUGCUGCAGGUGUUUGACCCACUGGCGAAAACCUGA